GGCAAUACGAUUUUUGUAUCCAGUCUGCCAGACAAGUAGAUAAUAGAGUAGGUGAUUCCUCAGAGUACCAUUAGGUGGCGGUAGUUCAUAUCUUUAGUUCUUUGGGCAGAUUUCCUUGGCACAACAACAAAAACGAAGAAGAAGAAGGUGUGAAGGAGCGACGGAGUCGGAAAAUAAGGGCGCUUAUCCUCAAGAAUAUAACAGCAUGGACAGAAUCCAUGUCAAUGUGGAAAGGAGCGAAAUCGAGCUGCACUACACAACGCUCUGUUUGAGGAAUGCAUCCAGAAAAGCAGGGGAACGUCACACCAAUGUACGAGACUUGAUGACAAUUUCUCUUUCAUUUAAAACCUACAGGGAGCUUUUGUUCCAUAUCUACGAACAAUGUAAGCGGAUAUGUGAAGACUUUGAAGGAAACCCUUCUCAAAUUGACCUUGAUUAUCUUCGGUGUCGCUACGAGGACCUACAUGCUAUUGUAGUCAGAUGUGUAAAUUUUGGCGUUUUUUCUGACAUGGAGGACAUCAUGAACAGCAUGCAAUGUGUGCUACGGUCUUUGGAAGAAAAACAACCAAUGCAAGGAUUCAAGGCUGCCAAGAUCCGUACCGGCAACAGAGGACGUCCUUUGUGGGACAUUUCCGGAGAACAACUCCAGUUUCUCUUAGAAUUUAAUUUUACUGUGAGAGAAAUCGCAAAGUUAUUUGGUGUAAGCUACAGAACUGUAAGACGACGGAUGACGGAAAAUGGAUUGUCUGUUCGCAUGCACUACAGUGACAUCUCAAGAGACGACCUCAUCAAGGUGGUAUCUGAUUUCAUUCAACAGUUUCCCAAUUCUGGGAUAAAAACUGUUAGCGGAUAUCUCAACAGCAUGGGAUUGAGGGUUCAAAGAGCAAGAGUCAUCGACACCUUAAGACAUGUUGAUCCUGUUGGUAUCAUAUGUCGUGGACUUGGUAUCAAUAUUGUUCCAAGAAGAGUCUACUCUGUGCCAUUUCCAAUGGCCCUUUGGCACAUUGAUGGAAAUCACAAGUUAAUCAGGUGGAAAAUUGUGAUACAUGGUGGAAUUGAUGGAUACAGCAGAAAGAUCGUGUAUCUCACAGCAAGCGACAAUAAUAAAUCCACAACUGUCCUUAAUGCCUUUCUUGGUGCUGUGGAACAGUUCGGGAUUCCUAAAAAGGUUCGCAGUGACAAAGGAGGGGAGAAUAUCGAGGUAGCACGCUUCAUGCUUGAACAUCCUCAAAGAGGUGCAAGGAGUUUCAUCACUGGACGAAGUGUCCAUAAUCAAAGAAUAGAGAGGUUAUGGAGAGACGUUUGGGGUGCUGUCACCAUCAACUACCAUUCGGCAUUUAACUAUCUUUCUGAAUCAACUGCUUUUAGUGUAGAUAACGAGAUAGACCAGAUUUGCUUGCAUUAUGUGAUUCUUCCUAGAAUCAACAGAGAUUUACAACUUUUUAAGCAAGCAUGGGAUCGCCACUCCUUAUCAACAGAGCGUGGACGUUCACCUCAGCAGCUAUGGAUUGAGGGCCAGCUUAGGUGGACAGAUCCAAUCUCCAACCCUGGAUUUGAAGAGGUCAACCUUGAGGACUAUGGCAUUGAUUGGGAGGGACCAAUGACCUUUGAUGGUGAUGGGACAGUAGAUGUACCAGAGACACCUGAGGGUCUGAAAAACCUAGUGUUUUCACAUCUGGAUGGAAGAAUUGAUCCUCUUCGCCCAAGUUUGUGCUUUGGAAUAGACAUUUUGUUGGAAGCUUUGGGUGCUGCACAUCACCUGGUUCCUGAUGUUUAACUUUGUGAUUGUGUCAAAGGUCCCACUGAUUGUGGUGAAGGAGGAAAAGUUUUAAAUAUUUGACUCAUUAAAAAUGUGAAGGUAUGUUUUGCGUGCUACUGUUUAGUCGUUUUUAGCUUGCCAUAUAUUAAACAAAGACAGAUGGUUUUA